AUGAUCGAAAACGAAGUUUUCUGCGAGACAUGGGUAGGUGAUUGGUGGAAAAGAGCAUUUCACGUGAGUAGCUCCUCUCCCGAGUUUGCACUUGAGCAGAAGGAGUUGUAUGUUACGUCUGCGUCGGACUUCGCGAAGUGGGCCUGGGUCGAGCAUCCUUCCGUGCUGAUCUCGCCGAUACUAACGCCUCAGUCGGCACCAUCGACCGCAGCACCCUCAGCGGUAAAUUCAUCUAUCAGCGCAACAUCACAGCCAUUGGAUGUCUCUCCUAUCUCUACUUCAGCAGCAUUAUCUCCUAAUUCGACAUGGUCUGCACCCUAUGUCUUUCCCAGUGCGACAUCAUCAGCAUCAAGGAGGCUUUCCAAUGCAACAUGUACCGUCAAUAUUCCAAGUGCGAGCAUCGACUGGUGGUAUCCUCCUAUCUACAGUCAUGUACUUGGGACAAUGACCACAGCUGCACCGAACUUCACAAACGCAAAAUCGUAUACGUUGAUUCCACAUACGACUACGUUUGAUGCGGCCAGUGCUCUAGAGUCGGACAUUGCUUGUACCUCGAGCGAAUCUUACGUGUCAGCAUGGGACUACAUCUUAACCAUGUGCAUGAGCUACACGGAGAAGCCUACCGCAGCAGCCACAUCCAUUGCCUAUCGGACGGCUGCCGUACCUUUCCCAUCGGGAGGUCUUAUUCCUGUCUCGGAUGCCGCUCUAUAUGACCUAAAUACCGAUGGAAAGCCAUCAGCGACCGCCACCAUCUCGAUUGCUCCCAAUAUUACGCACACUGAGACGUCUGCCACUCCGUUCGUUUAUUUCACGGCUUACGAAGUUGAGUCUGGCAAUAUAACAGAGACGGUACAGCUAAGCUCUGCCAGUGCAUACCCUUACUGGCUGAAAGGAGUUGAGCACGAAAGCACAGCAACAGGCUCACUUCCAGAGGGUUUCCUUGAGCAGAUUCCCCAGUCAGCAUGCGACGCUGGACAACUCCGCGCUUUUGUCACUGUGCUUAUUGUGGUGGACUUGUAUUACCAAAACUGGCCCAAUGCUGAUCCUUUCAUCGUCCAUUUCGAAUCGAGCGCUCUUGGCUUCGAUGACCCGCCUGUUGUCAUCAACGACGAUGGCACUUCUCGGCCUCCGCCACUGACCAUAGCAGAUUGGGAUCUCUCUGGCGUUCCUAGCAAACCUACUUCAAUAAGUAUCAUGCCGAACCAACGACCUGACCCAGUCCCUACAACACUCUCCAGGAACAACAACAAUGACAAAGACAGUAGCGCUAGCAGCCAGGCACCGCUGGUGCCAAACAUACCGCACCCCACGCAAGUCACCGUCGGCACCAUUGGGACAGAUCCAGUAGUAAUUGGGCCAUCAUCAGAAGUUGUUGUUGGCUCACAAACGUUGCGACCAGGAGGACCAGCAAUCACUGUAGGAGGCGUAACUCCCGUGUCUCUUGCUCCAUCAGCUACUGCCAUCGUUGUAGGCGGUACAACGUCCCAGCUACCGCAAAGGUUCAACCCUCCUACUCUACCUCCAAUUCGACCACCGCCACUACUAACGAUUGGCUCGUCGACGCUUACACCAAAUGCGGCCACUCAGUUCUUCAUUGGUCCAGGGCAGACACUGACUCCAGGCGGUGUUGUGACAGUGGACGGCACAGUCGUCAGCCUUGCACCAUCGGCCACAUUUGUUGUCAUUGGGGGCUCGACGCAGAUGCUUCCGACACCUGGUUCAGCACCAGCACCAGUUGCCUCCCGCCCACCAGAGAUUGUUGUUGGUGGCUCGACAAUUACCGCUCAGCCAACAUCAGGUAGAUUCGGAAAUCAUAUUGAUCACAACGAGCCCGAUGUGGGUCCUUUGUUUGUUAUCUCGGAUCAAACUCUAUCGCCUGGUGGCCCUGUCAUCACUGUCUCUGGGACGACUCUCUCGCUUGCACCUUCGGGGUCUUUCAUUGUUGUUAACGGCAUCACUUCGACCGUUGCUACUCCAAAUGCUCCAGCUAAUACCUUCCCCAGUCUUACUGUUGGCAACGAGGUCUUUAGCCCACUUCCUGGCUUUGGAACAACUUUUAUCAUCUCAGACCAGACGCUUGCACCAGGGGGUCCCGCCAUCAUCGUGUCAGGCACUACCAUCUCACUUGCACCGUCUGCGACUUUUGUAGUAAUCAAUGGUGUGACAUCCACGAUUGCCAGGCCUGCCACCACACAUAUCACAGCGCCUCCCCUCACCAUCGGAAAUGGCGUCUUUAGACCACUCCCAGGAUCCGGCACGUCCUAUUUGAUCGGGUCCAGCAUACUCACUGCGGGCAGUGUCAUAGUUGUGGCGGGCACAACCAUCUCUCUCGCGCGUGGAGCUACAGCGCUCGUAAUUGAUGGGUACACAAGCCUGAUCACACCCCAGGCCCUGCCUAUUGUUACGAACGCGCCCCUCUUAACCAUUGGCUCGCAGACUUAUACCGCCUUGUCUGGGACAACUUACGUUAUUGGCGGGCAGACUUUGACGCUCGGAGGCACGAUUACGGUAGAUAGCAGGACGAUCAGCCUUGCACCUGGCGCAACGGAGUUGAUAUACGGGAGCUCAGGACAUAGCACCACGACCGCCCUGUUCCCAGCUACCACGACACGAAGUCAGAGUGGGACGGGUACCCCAGGCGCAACGACGAGUCAACGACAGGGCUCUGCAUCCAAAUCGGGGGCGCAGUUCUGGGUAGUAGCUUCUUUUAUUGCGAUCGUUGGCAUACUUUUGGCGUAA